AUGUCGACUUUCGAUGGCAUCGUAGAAGAGUUUCCCGAAAUUCGCAUUGACUACUUUCGGAAAUGCCCAGAGCGGCCAGCGCCACUAGCUUGUUUUCUGAGCCAUGUGCAUAGUGAUCAUUUACAGGGUCUCGAGUCCUUUCGAACACCGUUUAUCUACUGUUCGCCAGCCACGCGAGAGCUGCUCCUCCGGAUUGAAAAGUAUCCACAUCGGAUGAACUUUAAUAAAGGCAUCUUGGAGUCACGCAGACUCCACUAUAAGCAUCUUGCCAAGCUUCUGCGCCCAAUUCCAUUGAAUACGCCAACAGAAAUUGAACUCACACCCCGACGUCGUAUCAAGGUGACAUUGUUUGAUGCCAACCAUUGCACCGGGGCUGUGAUGUUUCUAAUUGAAGGGAAUGGGAAGGCAAUCAUCUACACAGGUGAUAUUCGAGCCGAAACAUGGUGGGUGAGCAGCCUGGUCCGUCACCCGGUCUUGAUCCCGUAUACUCUGGGCCCGAAACGGCUGGAUAAGUUAUAUCUGGACUCCACCUUUGCAAGCAAGACAAAUCCAUUCCGCGAGUUCCCUUCCAAAGCCGAGGGGCUGUCUGAACUCCUGCAGAAAGUCCAGGCUUAUCCUGAUGACACAGUCUUCUACUUCCGUGCGUGGACGUUCGGCUACGAGGAUGUGUGGAUAGCGCUCUCGGCUGCGCUGGACACAAAGAUCCAUGUGGAUCGUUACCAGAUGGGACUUUAUCGGUCUCUGGUCCAGACUCCAGGCAAUAGGGGGGUUAGUGAAGCUCCUGCUCUCUGUGGCUUUGAGUUGGGAAACAAAGCUGUGACCGGCUGUCUGAGCAGUAAUGAGUCAAGUCGAAUCCACAGUUGUGAACCCGGAGUCUCGUGCCCUGCAGCUCGCAGCACUAACACGGUCUACAUUGUGCCUAUUGUGAAUCGCACAACCAGUGGUGCGGAAAUCCCCGAGGUCGGUGCAGGCGGUGGUAUUGGGGAUCUGUACCAAACACAUGAACUCGAGCUGCCCGAUGAGUUUGCACUAGCCGAGUUGGAGAAGCUGUGUCUCAAACACGUCCAGGACAAGCAAGCCCUUACUCAAAUGCGAAAUGCUCUUCUAGAUGCGUUUCGAUCGAGGAAGAAAGUACUCUCGCUUGAUACAUAUGGCGUGAAGGAGGAGGGCGAAAUUCCAUUGAAGAAUCUGGUGACCGCUCUACGCAACGGUCCGUCUAUUACCUCCAGCCGGUCGUCCCAGCCAGAUCUGCCUAACACGAUACGAUUCCCAUAUUCACGACACUCUUCCUACUCUGAACUUUGUGAGCUCGUAGCUGCCUUCCGGCCCAAGGAUAUCCAUCCAUGCACUGUGGAUCCAAAAACCUGGAACGAAGACGUCUCCAUCAGACGUUUGUUUGGCCAUCUCUGUUCCGGAGCCAAUUUUUCGCACGACAAUCACAUGUGGCAGACUGUAGCUGAUUUUGACGGCGACGGAGAUCGCCCAAGAAAAAGGGUCCGUUACGACAUGGACCUCUCUACACAGUCCACACAAGAAACCAGUAGUGGUAUUGAAGAUUUCAGUCUUGGUACCGCCGAUGCAAGCCAGCAUCAUGAUCAGAAGCAGGACUCUCUACAUCAUUUAAAUCAAUCCGAAGAAGCAGCCAGAGUUAAGCGUAACGAAAUGCGUCAAGCACACCGCUAUCUCCAAGAACAUGCAGAGCCUGGACUCUUUCAAGUCAAUCCUCUCCCAUCUACAUGGCCGACAGAAAAAGAAGACAGAUUCGAUCUGGCCAGUGACGAGGGAAGCGAAGACAAGGACAUGCUCAGACCUGACCGGCCAGAUUUAGAACCCUCGGCUUUAAGUCUCCGACUCAGGUCCGAACCAAGCACAUCCACAAGAAUAAGUGACCUAACUGGUGAUGGUAAUACCUCUCCUCGUCCAAUCACACAACAAGCAGACAGUCAACACACAGAUAUACUUUCUCUCUCCGUCUCCGAGUCGGCAUUUGACUCCCCGGAGCAGAACUCCAUUGAAAAUGGGCUACCAGACCCAGUGCGAAGAGAAGAAACACUCAAUCGCUCGCGCCGUGCGCGUGUUGCUGCUUACUUAGCUGCACGUGAAGGUACUUUCUCUGCGUGGACGGAUGUGUCGCUCGUUUCGGCGGAUAAUCAUGGUGAGGAGGAGAUUGAGCUGUAG